ACACACACACACACACGCAUAUAUACACACAUCUGCGCGAUGAGGGAUGCCUGCCUCUCCCUGUGGGAGACGCGCCGAGUGGAGUUGGCCGGCGACACAGGCGAGCCGGCCGGGUGUUUUUGCCUCUUUGUCGCACGAGGGCGUGCCUGUGAGGGCCCCCCUCAUGCUUGGUGGCUGCCCCCCAAUCUUGGAGUGCUGCAUUCCCGCUCGGUGUUUUGGCCUGUUGUCAGGAGCCGACCAUCCACCCUGGCCCCCUGGUGGGGUUGAGGGUGAUCUGUGGUUUCGGAGAUUUCCCGACCCCGGGAGGCGGUGAACAGAUUGCCCUCUCCCCAUUUGUGGACACAGCCGGGUCCACCGGGACUUCGUGUGUGCUCCUUUUUUUUUUCGGUGAAGCCCUCACAUCACUCCAGGCCGUUUGCCGGAAGACGGGGAGAUGUUGCCGCGGUAAGUUGCUGCGAGUGGUUGGCCGUUCCAUUUUCCCCCUCUCGGUACUGCGAGACCUUCUCUGCUUAGGGGGGGAUGAUGGUGUGCCCAAUGACGAGUAUGGAGGCUAAUCCAGAACCACGACCACCGAGCCGACCGGACAGGCAGACAUGACGCGUUGGAUAUCUCUGCAUGCCGGGGGACACUCGAGAGAAGGUCCCCCUCCUUCUUUUUUUUUUUCGCUGUGGCACUGGCCCAUGAGGUCCUCAGCAGGGGGUGGCAGAUCGCGUCCUUCUGUGAAGCUUCCUUGUGCCGCGGUCAGAUGCGAGAGCGAGUGGUUGUGGCCGCGUCCCCCGGCGUUCUUCCUCCGGGCAUGGUCCCCAGUAUUGUCAACGGGGGGGGGGGGGGGGGUCAUGUGCUUUCCCCACUGGGACCCUGCAUACGGGUGUGCCCGUGGAAGGAGAGGCGGCCGACGAGUCGUGUAUCUGCCGGCCGGGUAUGGGUUCAUGCCUGCGGCGGGUGAUGGAUCUGAAACAUCGAAUUGAAUCCGGCGUGCUGGGUAUCGCACUGGCACGGGACAAGAGGAUGGAGGGGGCAGGGGGACAGUGUGCACAGUGGUGCCCUGGGGCCAACUGAGAGCCGGGACUUCGCGCUGCGCUCUUUCUGCGUGAGUAGA